UUGAGCAGUCUUCUUAAAAUUGGAUAUAUGAGCUAUAUAAAUGUAAAUGUAUAGACGAGUAUGAGAUCAUGAAGCAAACGGCACAAAACCCUUUCUGUACAAACAAUAAUUCUUCUCGAUACAAUUCUUCUUCCUGCUGUAUCAUGAGCAGGUAUGUAUGAAUCACUAUCAAAUACUGAUAACACCAGGUGUUCACCAACUGGUGUGUGUGUGUUCUGCCCUAGCGUUGACAUCUUCACAAAUUGAUGCUGAAACAAGGAAUUAUUCAUCUGUGAAAUUAUUUCAGAUGAGACAUUCACUCUUAAAACAUUGUUGCAUUUUGCUGAUAUUGUACACUUAAAUUUUGUUUUAUAUUUUACAGAUCGUCCACAACGAGAUAUGCAAAAACAAUUUAGUCCAACGAUCAUUCGACAAAUGAACGACACGGCCGCCAUGGUGGCCACUGCUGUUUCUGACCCGCUGCCACAGUUCACCUGGUGGCGAUAUGACAGCGGGCACCUGCAGGAUAUAGCAGACACUACUGACUACACUGUAUUCAGCUCCGACUUACAGACAGUCCUCAUUGUCAGGAUCAAACACUCCAGAGACUACGGGGAAUACGCAUUGAAGAUGAACAACUCCUUUGGAGAAAGCAUACUCAGCUAUACAGUAUCACCAGCAAGCAGUGCUACUGGUCAGUCACAACCAGAUGGACUCGGUCAAGGAAUUGGUAUUGGAAUCGGAGUAUCCCUGCCAGUGAUACUUGUGUUAACUGUCAUCAUUGUAAUCAUGUGGCGACGAAGCCGUGGAAACAUUGACAAAGUUAACAAAGAUCAAACAGAAGCAAUCGAACUCCAAUCACACGGAAACACCACACCACCAAACCCAGACGGAGCCUACGCAAGCCUUGAUGAGCAUACCCCUCAGAAUAUAAACGAAUAUGAGAAACUCGACAUGGGAAACACCGACAAAGGUUGUUACUGUCUUUUGUUUAAUCAAGAAGAGACGGUUGGCACGGUUGAAAAGGAAUCUGUGUACGAAAACCAAGGGGCUGGUAGAGAUACCCUAGAUUCUGUAAAUGGAAGAAACACAGUGGAUCGAGAAUGACUCCCCAAUUCUAAACAACAGUUUCAGCAAUGAGGAACAACAGUUUCAGCAAUGAGGAAAUGACUACCACGUUCCAAAACACAGUUGUAACAAUCAUCAGGAAAUGAGUAGUGUCUUCCAAACAACAGUUGCAACAAUCGGGAUGUGACUUGCAAGUUCGAAUUUUCAGCGGAAACAAUCGGAGUGUGACUGUCAACUUCCAUGCAACGAUCCACGUGUGAGAUUAAUGAUGACAACUGCGUCUGGACAUUAGUUGUUUAACCCUGUCAUCAGGACAGUUGUACACUCGGCAAUAGAAGUGGAACCGGUACUAACAAGGUUGACGGGGAUUCACUGUUUAUCAUAAUCUUCGUUUUUUAUUGAUACAUGAUAUAUUCUGUGAACGUCUUACACUGUCUUCAGAAUGAUAUCAGUGACUUGCCCCUUAUAAUUGCUGUAAAUUUUAUUUGCUUGUGAACAUUAAUUAUUUUCUACUUUUAUCACUA